CUGAAGAAGUUGCUCCUCUCUCCAUCGCACGUGCCCCCGAGCUGCGAGGCUCAGUGGGACGGGAGCUCCCGGCGCCCGGGGACCACUAAAUCCCGACCCACACGGCCCUGCGCAAAGGUGGAGGGUCCCCGGGACAGGAGGGCGAGCGUCCCACAGGCACAGAGCCGCAGCUGCACCGAGCUGCACCGGCACCUCACCUCCACCACCCCCUGCCCCCAGACCAAAACCCCAGCUGAGUGCCCCAGCAGCCACCACCACCCAUCCCCGGGCAACUGCGCCCAUCAUGAGGACGACAGUGACUCCAGCGAGGACUCCCUGAGCUCCAGCGACCUGGUGACCCCCCUGUCCUCAGCAGAGGAUGGCUCCGGCAGCCAAUUCUCCUGCAAGGGGGAGAUGCACUCAGUGGUGGAGCUCAUCCGCUACAUGCACACCUACUGCCUGCCGCCACGCAAGCUGCCCACCCGCGAUGCCGACACUGAACCCCAGCCCUGCAGCAAGAAGGGUGAGCCACGGCAGAGCCCUGCAGCAGAGGCAGAGGCACCAGGGGAGCUGGGUGGCCUCGAGGAUGAUGCUGGGAAGCGUGCGGGAGGCCUGGGCGCAGCUGCAGGGAAGGGGACCCGCAAGCAAGAAAGCACCGUUUACGCCGUCCGCCGGUCCAAAAGACUCAACCCUGAGCUCGGCCACUGGCUCUCCUUCCUCGAUGAGCCACCCUCCGAGCCCUCUAUCUCCAGGGAGGCAGGGAACGGCCACAGCCCUCGGGAUGCCCUGGCGUGCAGGGACUCCGCACCGUGCCAAGUGCUGGAGGGCUUCUCCGCCGAAGAACCUGCGGCUGAAGUGGAGGUGGGGGGCACUGAGGAGGGAGAUGGUGGAAGCAUGGCACCACCAGCAGAGCCCCAGCCCCUCUCCCUGGGCUCCCUGGGGGAUGGCGAGGUGGGCGACGGAGCUGAGAGCCGACGCUAUGCCCUCCUGGAGCAAGCAGAAACACCCCAGCGUCUCACGCUGUCCUUGGCACAAACCGACCCAACCUUUGGGAAGAGAAACUUUGAGCCGCUGCUGACUGUGGAGCUGUGUGGGACAGCAGGUCUCACGCCACCCACCACUCCGCCAUAUAAGCCCGCUGAGGAGGAUCUGUACAAGCCGGACAUCCCUCAGGAGCCAGGGAAGGAGGACGGGACAGCCCCCAGCCCUGGGGGUACAAGGGACAUGGCAGCCUCCCAGAAAGCCCACAGGAAGCACCCCGAGAGGACAGAGCUCUUCGCCCACCUGAGCCGAGCUGCCGGGCGCCCCGCGCCCCCCGAGCAGCAAGGCGUGCUCAAGCGGCCCUUCUCCCACUCCUUCGGGGACCACGACUACUGCCAGGUGCUGAAGCCCGAGGCUGCCCUGCAGAGGAAGGUGCUCAAGUCUUGGGACCCCCCGGGCCAGGUGGAGUCGGAGCACAAGCGGAGGGUCCCGGCCGCUCACUACCAGGACCUGGACCUCAUCAGCAAGGAGGCGGGCGAGAUGCUCUGGAAGGACGGAGUCAAGCAACUGAGAGACCAGGAGAUCAGAGCCAGCUUAACGAAGCACUUUGGCUUUCUGGACAGUGCUCUCGAUGAUGAGGACAUGGUCUUCUGCAAGACCCCCGAGUACGACACCGUCUUUGAAGACAGCUGCAGCGAGAGUGGCUCCCCUCGGGAGGAGGAAGAGGAGGAAGAGGAGGAGGAGGAGGAGGAGCAUAGCGACACCAAGCUGUGCCUGCGAAGAAACCCCCUUUCCAGGACCAGUUUGCAUUAUUGUUCCCGGAGCAGGUCCAGCUCAGGGUCUUCGUGCUGCCGGUCCCGAUCGCCUGCAAGCAGACGCACCUUCAGGUGUGAGAACGGCGAGCAGUGUCAGGGCAGGAGCGGGCACCGGGGCCAGAUGGAGAAGAGACGAGAGAAGGCCAUUGGGGAAGGCCGGGUGGUGUACAUCAGGAACCUCUCCAGCAGCAUGAGCUCCAGCGAACUGAAGAAACGCUUCGAAGUGUUUGGUGAAAUCGUGGAGUGUCAGGUCCUGUCCAGGACUAACAGGGGGGAUAAAUAUGGCUUCAUCACCUACCGGUAUUCAGAGCAUGCCGCCUUAUCUCUGAAGAACGGCACCUUGCUAAGGAAGAGGAAUGAGCCUUCAUUCCAGCUGAGCUCUGGUGGCCUCGGGCACUUCUUCUGGACCAGAUACACUGACUUGGAUUGCAGCGCGGAGGAGUCAUCCCCAGCUCCAGUGAAAAGCAAGUACGAGACCAUGGAUUUUGACAGCUUGCUGCAGGAGGCCCAGCUAAGCCUGCAUCGGUAA